GGCGCGGGUGCUGGACGGCCGCGGCGGAUCGGCCGAGGUCGCUAGUGGUCCCCGGGGCACGGCGGCUUCUCCAUCAGCCCAUCACUUCUAAUUACUCGGACAGAGAUGGCAGUCGACCGCCGCUGACCGCGCCCGGCCCGUGCAGACUGCCGCCGAUAGCAACGGCAGGCGUCAUGAGCUUCCUGUUCGGGAAAAAGAAGAAAAAGGAGACGGAGUCGGGUAAAACACCGCAGGGCCUGUACAAAUCAAUCAACGGCGAUGUGAGCAGUGAACCCAAGUCGCCAACUAGCCCGCAGCGGGUGGACCCCAAGGGCGCCCGACCCGAUACUCCUAAGAAAGAGGAGGCCUCGAAGAGGGAGAAGACAGAGGUCAGCAGCGACGCAGGCGGUCCAGCGGCCAUGCCCUUCACAGGAUCCAGCAAGCCAUCCAGCUUCGACUUCAAAGAAUUUCUGGAGAAGGCCAAAGAAGAUUUUGAAGAGAAAUGGAAGAACCCAUCAAAGAAUACGGCGGCCUUGGAAGACUUCGAACUGCUGAAGACGUUAGGUACUGGGUCCUUUGGGCGUGUGAUGCUCGUGCAGCACAAAGGCACCAAGGAGUACUACGCCAUGAAGAUCCUAGACAAACAAAAGGUGGUGCGGUUGAAACAAGUGGAGCAUACUCUCAACGAGAAGAGGAUCCUCCAGGCCAUCAACUUCCCGUUCCUUGUUAGUCUGCAGUACCAUUUUAAGGAUAACUCGAAUUUGUACAUGGUUUUAGAAUAUGUGCCCGGGGGCGAGAUGUUCUCGCACCUGCGGAAAAGUGGCCGGUUUAGCGAGCCGCACUCGAGGUUCUACGCGGCGCAGAUCGUGCUGUCCUUCGAGUACCUGCACUACCUGGACCUGAUCUACCGCGACCUGAAGCCCGAGAACCUGCUCAUUGACAACCAGGGCUACAUCAAGGUGACCGACUUCGGGUUCGCCAAGCGGGUGAAGGGCCGGACAUGGACGCUGUGCGGCACGCCCGAGUACCUGGCGCCCGAGAUCAUCCUGAGCAAGGGCUACAACAAGGCGGUCGACUGGUGGGCGAUGGGGGUGCUCAUCUACGAGAUGGCGGCCGGAUAUCCGCCGUUCUUCGCCGACCAGCCGAUCCAGAUCUACGAGAGGAUCGUCUCCGGCAAGGUGCGGUACCCGUCUCACUUCAGCUCGGACCUGAAGGACCUGCUGCGAAACCUCCUGCAGGUCGACCUCACCAAGCGCUACGGCAACCUCAAGAACGGCGUCAACGACAUCAAGGGCCACAAGUGGUUCCACUCCACCGACUGGAUCGCCGUCUACCAGAAGAAGAUCGAGGCGCCGUUCGUGCCCAAGUGCAAGGGCGGAGGCGACACCAGCAACUUCGACGACUACGAGGAGGAGAGGUUGCACGUGUCGUCCACGGAAAAAUGUGCCAAGGAGUUCGCCGACUUCUAGCGGUGCCGCGCAGCCGAAGCCAAGUGCCGCAUGUUGGCCGGAUGCGCGCGCGCCGCCAGAAGCGCUCAGUCAGUCAGCGGUGGCACGCGCCCGGCGCCGGACGCCCCGACCCGACCCGAGCCGCCGGCCGCGCCGCUCACCGAGUGCUAUGCUAUUUUAUGUAUAAUUACCGGGUUUUAUAUCAGUGGGCGCGCGACGGACCUGCCCGGGGCGGGCCAAGCGGACGUGAGUGCGCCCCGCCGGAGAAGACGCCGUGGUGCGUGCGGUGGUGUCGCCGCGGGCAGGUGGCGCCAGCGCUGCCGGCGAUGCCACAGAAACGUUGUACAAACCCAGCAGCUGACCCUCGACUCAUCAGAUUAUUUCCAUGUGAUAACAGGAGCACGUGUUGACGCUGCCAUAUGCCGCCCGUCGUUUUAACCCCACAUGCACUGUUAGGUGCCCGCCAGAUCUCCUCACUGGCGGUGGUUCCCACCACCGGCCGCUGGUGCCGCGCGCUGCUAACGCCGCCGACCGCCGGACGCGCCGCGCCGACAGCCGAGCGCCGUGAAGCUAGACCGCGCUCAGUUACCUCCCUCCGCUGGCGGGCUAUGACCGCUGCCGCGCACCCGUGUUUGCGAGGCGUACGUAGGGGCAACGCGGCCGGUGUAGGGCCGCGUUUGGCUGCGGGUGUGGCGCCCCGGCCGUGGCCGACUCGAAUGGCGCGUGGCCCUCUGCGUGACUGGGCGAGGAGCGCGGCGCGUGUCGGUCCGCGUGACGCCACCGUGGCGUCCGCCGUGCCCGCUCAUCCCCCUCUCUCGAUGGCUGUGUGUUCUCGAUGAGCGGGUACCAUAUCGCGGCGGGCGGACACGCGCGUGCGCGCCUGCCGGUGGCGCCACCCCAGCCGCCCAGCUACCGACCGCUGAUGCAUUGUCUGUCUGUGCCCUUGCGGACAUAUGGAAGUGUGUGUGUUUGUUCGUCAGUGUUAAUUGUUUGUAGUUACAGGCUGCGUUCAUAUUUUGUGAUUUGUAGUUGGAGAUUUUCAUUAAUACAUUCAGGUAUAUCGAUA